AAAAACCCGGGGAUGAUUUGUGAAGAAAUCAUCCUUGUAAAGCUAUUGGUUCUGGUCAUCAGCCUUUAUCCAAUGCUUUGGCGGUGAUGCUGCUGCUGCUCUAUUUGGGAAGUUGGCUGGCUCUCAAGGCAGUCUCGUUCUCUCUCUCUCUCUCCCCCUCCCUCCCUCUCCUCAAAGGCUGUUCCACAGUGAAAAUAUGCUCAGUGCAGCUGAGUGCAUGAAUGAAAAAGCCUCUGGUAUCUUUUAGGCGAGCAAAAUGCUGCACAACGCGCAACUUACCUUGGCUUUUCUCCUGUCCCAGGUGCUGCUGCUCGCGUCCACAGAAGAUUUAGAAUGCAUCCCCGGAUUCCAACAAAAGGUUUUUCAUAUUGAACAUCCGUCUGCAUUCACGGCGGACCAGGCAAUUCUGAAUUUGAUAUUUGAUGACUGCCAAGGAAAUCACAGAUUGAACUUCAAAGUUUCCAACCCAGACUUCAAAGUGGAACCCGACGGGGCUUUAGUUGCACUGAGAAAUUUAUCAGAAGCCGGCACAGCCUUGUUUAUCCACGCCCGGUCAGCACGCGCUGAAGAUACGGCAGAGGUAUUGAUUGUUGGCAGAAAAGAGAAGCACGCUUCUUUAAAGGAAAUAUUUAAGGCGGAAGCCAGCUUCGGAAUUAUAAGGCAAAGAAGGUCCAUUGUGGCAACUCCAAUCUUAAUUCCUGAAAAUCAAAGAUCUCCAUUUCCAAGAACUGUAGGCAGGGUUGUAGACAAUGACAAACCAGAAGGUUCCAAAUUCCGGAUUUUCGGGAAAGGAGUGGAACAGGACCCAAAGGGAGUUUUCAAAAUUGUUGAGAGCACCGGAGAGGUCCUUGUGACGCGAUCCCUCGACAGGGAAUCCAUUGCCACCUACCAGCUCCAGGUGGAGAUCACGGAUGGCAGCGGGAAGAGCAUAGAAGGCCCUGUCCCUCUCGAUAUUAUCAUUAUUGACCAGAACGACAACCGGCCACUUUUCCGGGAAGGUCCGUACAUUGGGCACGUCAUGGAGGGGUCUCCUACAGGAAGUACAGUGAUGCGUGUGACUGCCUUUGAUGCUGAUGACCCAUCCACAGAUAACGCUCUUCUGAGAUAUAAUAUCCUCAAGCAGACACCAGAUAAGCCGUCCCCAAACAUGUUCUACAUUGACCCAGAGAAAGGAGACAUUGUCACCGUUGUGUCGCCUGCCAUGUUGGACCGUGAAACUUUGGAAAAUCCUAAGUAUGAGCUAAUUAUUGAAGCCAAGGACAUGGGAGGUAUGGAUGUUGGAUUAACAGGCACCGCAACAGCCACAAUUGUAGUGGAUGACAAGAAUGACCAUGCACCAGAAUUUACCAAGAAAGAGUUUCAAGCCACGGUGAAGGAAGGCAGCACGGGAGUCAUUGUGAAUUUAACCGUCGAAGACCGGGACGACCCAGCGACGGGUGCAUGGAGAGCGGUGUACACCAUCAUCAACGGAAAUCCUGGCCAGAGCUUUGAAAUCCACACCAAUCCCAAGAACAAUGAGGGGAUGUUGUCUGUGGUCAAGCCUUUGGACUAUGAAAUUUCCGCUUUCCACACGCUGCUGAUCAAAGUAGAAAAUGAAGAUCCAUUGGUUCCAGACAUAGCAUACGACACCAGCUCGACGGCAACAGUUCAGAUCACCGUUUUGGAUGUUAACGAAGGCCCUGUUUUCCACCCAGAUCCCAUGACUGUCACUAAACAAGAAAACAUCCCUAUUGGAAGCGUCGUGUUAACAGUCAAUGCUACGGAUCCUGACACUUUGCAGCAUCAGACUAUAAGGUAUUCCACUUACAAAGACCCAGCAGACUGGUUGGAAAUCAACCCGAACAAUGGUACCAUUCGCACGUCAGGGAUACUUGAUCGUGAAUCCCCAUUUGUGUCCAACAAUGUGUACACGGCAUACUUUUUGGCAAUCGACAGUGGUAGCCCUCCGGCAACGGGGACAGGGACAUUGCAAAUCAUAUUGGAAGACGUCAAUGACAACCCACCCUCCCUUCACCAAACUGUCUUAAGCGUCUGCGAAGACAUGAAAGAUGUGAAGGUCAUCCUGGGCGCCUUAGAUAAGGAUAUCCGUCCUAAUACAGACCCAUUCAAGUUUGAGCUGAGCAAACAGUCGGGUCAAGAUAAAGCAUGGAAAAUCACCAGAAUCAACAAUACUCACGCCCAAAUCACCCUGCCUCAAAACUUGAAGAAAGCCAACUACAACAUCCCUAUUUUGGUGACAGAUUCUGGGAAACCUCCUCUAACUAACAGUACAGAACUGAAAAUCCAGGUGUGCUCCUGCACGAAAUACAAAUUUGACUGCAGCGCAUCAUCCACCCUCCAUGCCAGCAUGGUCCUAGCCUUCGUUUCGCUCUUCAGUUUAUUUCGCCUGUAACACCUGCUGACACCUGAAGCUGGCCUCGCGUGCUGCCCUGGUGACAAGCAAAGGAUCUCCAUCCUGAUUGGAAGGUCACCUCUGACUGUUACGAUUCCUCCCCUCCUCAGCCUCAGUUGCUCCGGAUCUGGCACUUUGCAACCUCACUCCAUCCUUCCUUCCUUCCAGCUGCACGAUUGUAUCUGACGAAACCUCCAGCCUGGCUCCGGCUUGACCGAUGGAUUCCUUCACAUAACACCAGCGGUUGGUAUGAGAUCGCAUGCCGAGUGGUUGAAAAAUGAGGCAACAUCAGCAAAAUAAAAACGUUAACAAAGAGACCACGGCACCGAAUGCCUGAUCUUCUGGGAGCAGGAUCGCAGAAUGACUCCAUUUCCCUUCCUCUCUGUUGACUUGUUGCUAUUCAACUGUUUAAAAAAAAUGUCUGUGGGUUAGUAUUUGUAUAUGUAUGAGUGUAUGUAUAUGUAUAUAUAUUUAUAUAGAGAGAAGAGAUAUACAAUAGGGUUAGCUUUUGUAUGGCAUUCACCGUAGGCUUGUGGUCAGUGGGGCAGAGAAUAGCACAGGGGCAUGAUUGAGAACCGAAACCAGUAAGAUCCAAACUCAGCAUAUGCUACGUAUACAAUGGUUUAACCCAAAGGAGAGAACAUAAGAGAGAAAGUCAAAAAAUGGCCACAUUGGUGGCACCCUUUCUUCCUUUUUUUUAAAAAAAGGGACCACCUUUUUUGAGCAUUAUGCACAACUGAUUCAUCUGCCUUCCCUUUCACAUAGAAGAUCUUGCCUAGCAUUUCCAGUAGCCAAUGAGAGCCAGCCUGGUAUAGUGGUUUGAGCAUUGGGAUGCAGCUCUGGAGGACUGGGUUGAAUGCCCAAUUUGGCCAUGGAAACCAUAGGAAAGGCACACUUUCUCAGCCUGAGAAAAACCCAUGACAGAGUCAUCUUAGGGCUGCUGAAAAUCUGAAAUGACUUGAAGGCACUCAACAAUAACAGUGGAAGGACUUCUUCAUGGGUGGAAGCAUAGUGCUGCUAUCUGUGUUAAUGCAAAAAUGACUCCAAGCAGCUUUCUGUUUGAGAAGUGUGUCUUGCAUUGGAGGGGAAUUUCCAUCUAGCUUAGAAUUGGCCUGACAAACAGUCAGCUCUCCAUAUUCACUGGGGUUAGGGGUGCAGGACCCUCACUAAGGCAAAUACUACAAAUAAAUACAUUUUUUUGUAUCCUGAAAGAACAUAUCUUGAAGAAUACCAAGGUCUUCUAGUGCAGCUCUGUAAUCAGCUUCCAUAGAAUUGUACUCGAAGACCGAGAAAUUCGUAGAGGUUCUCUCCAAUCUAUCUAUGGCAAAAGUUGGCUGCAGUACUGCACUAGGGAUUUUAUAGAGUGACAGACCAUAUUACUGUAUUGACUUGAGUCUAAUGUGCAUCUCUAUUUUCAAAACCUGGAAACCCAAAAAAGAAUUUGCCAGAUAUUACAUGAAUCUAAUGUGCACCCUAAUUUUGGGGAGGUAAUUUAAUCCAAAAAGGUGAGCAUUAGAAUCGGUAAUCAAAUAUAAAACUGAAACCUACAAAUAUGAAAACUGAGUAUAGUUGGGUUGUUGUAGGUUUUUUCAGGCAAUAUGGCCAUGGUCUAGAGGCAUUCUCUCCUGACGUUUCGCCUGCAUCUAUGGCAAGCAUCCUCAGAGGUAGUGAGCCCGAAAAAACCUACAACAACCCAGUGAUUCCGGCCAUGAAAGCCUUCGACAUUACAUUGAGUAUAGUUGAUUAAAGGCAGUUGUAUCAAUAAAAAAAGAAGAAUCAUCAUGUCAUUACACUUUGACUCAGACUCCCAUCAGUCCCAAUAAUCAAGGGAUUAUUAAAAACACUUGGGGAAUCACAUGUUUUCCAUCCCCUCUUUAGGUAUGAACAUACUAUAUCAGUUUUCAGCUUUCCAGUAAUAAUUUAUAGACUUGUGCACAGAUCUGUUUUUAGCUGACCCCUUCAGCCAUUCGGCUUAUCCAUUUCAGCAAGGGGCCAGCAGUCAUGGAUUCCCAUCUGUAACAGGACCACAUGGCAGCCGAUCACAGCUCCUCCUCCCUGAUUCGGCAUCACAGUUGAAUUGUUUUGAUUUUCCUUUAUUUUCCUGAUUAUUUUUAUUUAGUGGAACUAACCAGGAGUUGGGGACCUGAGGGAUGGUGGGUGGUGUGCACAUGUGCAUUUGGGGGCUUGGUCGGAGUCAGUCGCUCUUUAGCUUCUUUAUCUCCUUCAGAAAAUACUUCUAAAAGAUAAUAAUAAUGAUUAAUAAUAGUAAUCCCAGCAAACAAAAAGAGAAGCCUACCUCUUCUCUCCUCUAGAGUAGAAAGUAGAUUUAAGGAAGCAAAAACCCAAGCAGAAAGGAGAUUGCAGGCAGCAGAGAAAAAAGAGGAGAUUUUUAAGGUAGUUCAGGGAAGAUAGCUCCGCUGAGCUCCAGGUCAUCACUCUUCCUUUCCUGGGACUCCUUAAAAAUGCCUUGGAAAUCUGCAUGGCAUGCUGCUGGAGCUGUGAGAGAAAGAGUGCACACCUGCAGCUAUAAGCGCCCCUCCUCUAGAGUAGAAGCAGCUAUAAGAAGCAUUAAACCCGGUCUCCUGUAUAAACCCGGUGGCACAGUGGGUUAAAGCACUGAGCUGCUGAGCUUGUUGAUUGAAAGGUCGCAGGUUCAAUUCCGGGGACCGGCGUGAGCUUCCACUGUCAGCCCUAGCUUCUGCCAACCUAGCACUUUGAAAACAUGCAAAUGUGAGUAGAUCAAUAGGUACCACUCCGGCGGGAAGGUAACGGCGCUCCAUGCAGUCAUGCCGGCCACAUGACCUUGGAGGUGUCUACGGACAACGCUGGCUCUUCGGCUUAGAAAUAGAGAUGAGCACCACACCCCAGAGUCAGACAUGACUGGACUUAAUGACAGGGGACUACCUUUACCUUACCUGUAUAAACAGAAGGGAAAGCAUCCAGAAAGAGUGGCAUCUUAACUCUGAUGCUUUUUAGAAUCCAGGUAUCAAUAAAAGAUAUGGAAGGGGAACCUGUGGGAGGUCUCUCCCCCAUAAUGAGCUGGAUACUAGGGUGCUUCCUUAACCCCAGACUCCCUUGAAGGGAAGAGGGGAAAAGCUCCCAAGGGAAAGGAGAGCCUCAAAGUUCCCCACUUUUUUUUUGUAUGCGGAACGAAAAUGCCCAUUUGCAAUGUGCCUGUUUUUGGGAAGCCCACAAAAAAUCAGAUAUUGCGGAGGGAGGUGUUCCGGUAUCCAGCAAGCAGAAACAGAUCAAAGUUCAGCCAAAAUGCACAAGCCUAAUAAUGUAUAGUGGAAAUUAUUGUUACUCAGUUCUGUCAUGGUUUGGUAGCACUCAUGUCAUUCAAACUCACCAUUAUUUAAAGAUUUCCCAUAAAUCUCCCCACUUCUUUUACGUCACUGAAUUCAUAAUGACUAAUCAGUUCUCUCUCGACCCCCAUGAAAGCUAGCUCUCAUUAUAAGACAACACUUGGACCCACCUAGGCAAAUAAUAAUAAUAAUGUUGUUAUAUAAAUAUAUACAUAUAUGAUUUGUUUUGAAGCUAGUAUAUACACAUACAUACACACACAGGCACACACACAGUUUUAAAUGCAAACUAACAAGAGCGCUCCUUUUUUUGUUCCUUUCCCUUUUUUGUGCAAGGCAACCACACUCGCUUGCAAAAACCAUAGGGAAUAACGGGGUCUUUCAUGGUGUAUGAAUAUGAAUCCAUUUUUUUAAUUAAGAAAGGAAAACUAUAUUAUUCCGUGAGCAUGUAAGGUAACAGAAAACUCUUUUAACUGUAUCAUCGAGACGACCAUCCUGUUAAUAAAUUGUAAAUGAUCCACGAAGCUCACACCAAAUUGUUUUUAUAACAAAAGGGGGGCGGGGGGAUUAAUCAGCAAAAAAAAAAAAACUAAAAUAAAAGAGAAAGAGAGAGAGAAGUAUUAAGGAACAGAACUGUGGCUUUUAAUAGAACCAGGCAGUAACUAGGGGUAAGGUAAGUGUCAUAGACUCUUUUAAUAAAGUUGCUUAUUUAAAGUUUGAAUUGCAGAGCUUUCUUCUUCUUAUGCAAUAGAAUGUCGCAUCUGUAUAUCAUGGGUUGGAUUGGGACAGAACCCACACUUCCUACUGUAUGUUUUCCAGCACUUCUUUCUAUGUCAUACCUCUGUUCUGACAAGAGCUUUUUUUUUCUUUCAAGUCAUUAAAUAAAUCCAACCAUA